AUGUCAGCACUUCCAUUUGACAAAUGCACACCAGGCAAAUCAGACUCGGAGGGCCUACUACAAGGGGCUACCAAGCCCACAGUUAGUCCUUCAGCUGUCACAAGCCAGGGUUACAGACUUGUUGGGGCCAUCACCAGUGGAUCCCUAUUGACAACUGGGGUACGAAAUUCCUGGGUGCCAACCUGCCUAUGGCAACCUAGAAUUCUCCAGGGCAGGCUCGCAAAAUCUUCACCUACCCUCUGGGACAGUACUUUGCAAGAACAGAAGGGGGAAUUACGGAAGCGCCUAUCCUACACUACCCACAAACUGGAAAUGCUUGAAACAGAAUUUGAUUCUACUCGCCAAUAUCUUGAAAUUGAACUGAGACGUGCUCAGGAAGAACUUGAAAAAGUAACCGAAAAAUUGAGAAGGCAGGUGAUUUCUCCUCCGAAGACUUAUCAUGUGGGAAGCCCAAAAUACUUUACAAGGAUACAAAACAAUUACCUAGCCUUACAAAGAAUUAAUCAGGACUUGGAAGAUAAACUUUACAGGAUGGGUCAACAUUACGAAGAGGAAAAAAGGGCUUUAAGCCAUGAAAUAAUAGCGCUCAAUAAUCAUUUAAUAGAAGCCAAGGUGACAAUAGAUAAGUUAUCAGAAGAUAAUGAGCUCUAUAGAAAGGACUGCAAUUUAGCUGCUCAGCUGCUCCAGUGCAGCAAGAAUUACGACAGGGCACAUAAGCUUUCUGAGCUGCCAUCUGACUUUCAAGAGAGAGUCAGCCUCCAUCUGGAAAAGCAUGGAUGCAGCCUUUCUGUACCCUUGUGUCACACAUCAUUUGCCGAUAACAUACCAACUUGCGUCAUCGCUAAGGUACUGGAGAAACCAGACCCAAACAGCUUGUCUUCACAUUUGUCAAGUACAUCUGCAAGGGAUCACUCUUUUCAAGACUCCGUUGGGAAGCUUGGCCAAAAGCCCCAAUAUAAGUCUGACAUCUACUGCAGUGACACCGCCCUUUAUUGCCCUGAGGAGAGGAGGAGGGAGAGGAGACAAAGUGUUGAUAUGCAAGUGAAAGAUGUGGGGUUUUUGAGGUCCCAGAACUCUACUGACAGCACUGUAGAAGAAGAUGGCUUCCAUUCUAGCUUCUCUCAUGAAGCGUUCCCGGAAUAUGUUACCUCUUUACCAACCUCGAGCUCCUACUCCAGUUUCAGUGUUACCUCUGAGGAAAAAGAGAACGCCCAGGCCAGCACUCUGACAGCCUCCCAGCAAGCAAUCUACCUGGGCAGCAGAGAUGAAAUGUUUGAAAGAAAGUCAUGUUCUAGUUAUGAACAUCAGGGAAGUCCUAGGUUUGCCAAGUCAAAGUCCGUACAGCAAAUGGAACUUGCUGAUAACAAUGAGAACUCUCCCACUUUUACUAGGACUCUGCCACCUUAUGCUAAUGAGCCUUUUCAUUUCUCAGCCAUAACGACGCAACAGGCAUUGGCAACUCAGAAAAUGCGUAACGACUGCAUGAGCACCCAUCUUUCAGAAGAAGACUUACCCGGGAGGUGGAGGCAGCUGAGCGUAGAGGACAUUGGUGCAUAUUCUUACAGGAACGCUGGCAGACUAUCACCCUGUAGCUUUUCGGAGCAGUACUACAGCAGCCCUAUAAAAAAAGCAGAGAGCCGAACAAGCCCCAUCUAUGCUGGUUACAAAGGAGAUAGCUUCUCAGAGGGAGAAGAUAUCUGUCAAAAUAGACUUGUGGAUUCUUGCUUCCUCAGAACAGACAGUGGCCUGAACAUUGACAUCAGCACUAGCUGUAAACAGGACAAGUUGCCCUCUUACAAAACAAAAGAACCAAGAGACCAAAAAAAUGACAGGAUCACAAUGCAGUUGUGCAGUAGCAAAAAUAUCGAGAGUAGCCCAGUGUUGAAAAGAGAAUACGUUGAUGUGAGCCCAAACAGCUCAGCAGAAUCCCUCAAUCAGAGUUCAAUGGAGGCUUCAGAGAUCCAUCAGUCUUCCAUGGAGCAAGGAAGCCAUUCAGGUCUUCACAGCAAACAGCAGCAGUUUCAACGGACUGGGAGCACUGGUUUGAGUCGGAAGGACAGUCUUACAAAAGCACAAUUAUAUGGAACCCUUCUAAAUUAA